AUGUCUGGAAAAAUCCCACCCAAAAUCGGUCUUUUAACAAAUCUUCAGGUCCUUCACCUAAAUGCAAAUAAGUUCAAUGGCUCAAUUCCUCAAGAAAUAGGCCAACUUAAAUUUGUAUAUGAGCUAGCUCUAAACUUAAACAAUUUAGAGGGUUCGAUUCCUGCUUCUGUGGGUAAUUUGAGCCAAUUGACUUCUUUGAUUCUCUCCGGAAACCAACUUUCGGGUUCCAUCCCUCCCGAAAUAGGAAACCUUUCAAAAUUGGUUAAACUUUACCUGUUUGACAACUAUUUAUCAGGCCCAAUCCCUCUGAGUUUUGGAAACUUGAAAAAUCUAACCAUCAAGUUGUACAACAAUACCCUUUCUGGUUCGAUCCCAACUUCUUUGAGCAAUUUGACAAACCUUGUUUCUCUCUCUCUCUACGAUAAUAAACUUUCCGGCUCUAUUCCUGAAGAUAUUGGAAACUUGAAAUUUGUUGUGACUCUAGACUUGGCCAACAAUCAGCUCAAUGGAACCGUUCCCUCUUCAUUCGGCAACUUGAGCAGCCUAGAAGACCUAUACCUCCGCGGCAACCAGCUAUCUGGAUCAAUCCCCCAAGAGAUGGAGAAUCUAAUGAAGUUGACCAUACUUGUCUUGGCUACUAACCGAUUUUCUGGUUAUUUGCCUCGAGAUAUUUGUAGAGGUGGACUCCUACAAAGGUUAACUGCACAAGAGAACGAAUUUACAGGUCCAAUCCCGAAAAGCUUGAAAGGUUGCAAGAGCUUAGUCAGAGUCAGUCUCCAACGGAACCAAUUUACAAGCAAUAAUAUAUCUGAAGACUUUGGUGUCUAUCCGAAUCUUGAGAACAACCUUACUGGGAGCAUACCAUCUAAGAUUGUCAAUGCAACUAAAAUUCAAGAACUCGAUUUUUCUUCGAAUCAUCUGGUUGGGGUGGUUCCCAAGGAUUUGGGGAGAUUGACUUCUAUGGUGCAUCUAAAGUUGAAUGGCAAUCAACUUAUUGGUUCUAUACCCUCGGGAUUUGGAGCAUUCACUAAACUCGAAUAUCUUGACGUGUCCACCAACAAGUUGAAUGGCUCAAUUCCAAGCAUUUUUGGCGAAUUGGUCCAUUUAUAUUACUUGAAUUUGAGCAACAACAAUUUCAGUCAAGAAAUUCCACUUCAGUUGGGCGAGUUAUUUCACCUGUCACAGUUAGAUUUGAGUCAUAACUCACUUGACGGCAAGAUACCAUCAGAAAUUAGCAAAAUGCAGAGCUUGGAGCAGCUGAAUCUUUCCCACAAUAUCUUUCCGGGAGGAUCUGGAAGUGUCUACAAGGCAAAGCUACCAUCAGGCAGCAUAGUUGCAGUGAAGAAACUCCAUCAAAAACUUGACGGGGAGGAGACAUCGCUGAAGGAGUUCCACAAUGAAAUAAGUGCACUAAUCAAUAUACGACAUCGAAACAUUGUGAAAUUUUGUGGCUUUUGCUCAAAUUCACAGCACUCCUUUCUGGUCUAUGAAUAUCUAGAAAAGGGUAGUCUGGCUUCAAUCUUGAGGAAAGAAGACGAAGCAAAAAGAUUGGAUUGGAGUAAGGAGGGUGAGAAUUGUAAAAGGCGUAGCUCAUGCACUGUCUUACCUGCAUCAUGA